GGUGGAAAUCCGGGGCAAUAAUUCCCAGCUGCCUCGGUAUUUCAGGUGGCGGCCCAGAUUGCCAAUUUCAGGUGUGCCCAGCUGCGUUUGCCCCGAAUGACCUAACCACCACAAGAACUAUAACUCGAUUCUCUUUUUCCUCUGCCUGCCUAGUUACCCAUACAAGCUCCUUUUCAGCUGCAUUUCCACUUUCCUCAUCUGAAACCGUCAAAUGCGAUAAACCGACCGACGCAACUAACUAUCGAGCGCCCCACCGCGAGAUCGAGCCGGAAUCAUCCCAACACUCGUUCUCGCCCCGCCAAGGCCCGACGACAUGUCUUUCCUCGGGGGAGCAGAGUGCUCGACGGCGGGCAACCCGCUCAGCCAGUUCUCCAAGCACGUCCAAGACGACAAGAGCCUACAGCGAGACCGACUGGUUAACAGGGGACCUAAUGGAUCCCUAGGAAGCUUCCGGAGCACGGGGAACACCCCGCAAGACGAGAUGGUGAACGGCUUCCUCCACCAGUCGCCAAACCUCCCCGAGAUGUCCCUCGAGCAAAACCAGGCCGCCGGCCCGUUCGGCUUCGUGCGCCCUGACCCCGCGGGCCAGGGCGUCCACCUGCGCGCCCAGUCGGCGUCACCGACGUGGGGCGGUAGCCAGUCCGCCAUGGAGGCGGCCUUCAACGCCCCGCCGGGGACCCAGUUCGGCGCCGACGACUUCGCCCGCUUCCAACAGAUGAAUGGCCCGGGUGCGUCGUCGUCGGCGCGUGCGAGCCCUGCGUUGGCCCAACAGCAACAACAACAACAGCAGCAGCAGCAGCAGCAACAGCAUCAACGGCCGAUGAUGGGCGUGGGUAUGAUGAACGGCGGGAUGAACUACGGCAUGAUGUCCCGGCCGAUGUAUCAGCCCAUGUUUUCGGGGCAGUCGCACAUGACCCACCACCAGCAACAACAACCGCAGCAGCAGCAGAUGGAAGGGAAGGGAAAGGAGAAGGUCAUAGAGCUGGACGAUCACACCUGGGAGGAGCAGUUUGCGCAGAUCGAGCUGCAGGAUAAGAACCUGGAGGUCGCCGACGAGAGCCGGGCCAUGGAGCCCGAGCUGGACGAGAUGGACGAGAAGCUGAUGCACUCCGAGACGGGGUUUGGGGACCUCGAGUCAAUAUGGAGGGGCAUCCAGGCGGAGCAGGCGGCGAUGCGGGGCCUGGACGAGGAGGAGGAGUUUGCCAAGUUCGACCACGGCAACUUUGACGGCCUCGGCGACUGGGACAUUGGCAACAGCCGCAUCGGCAUGGACCCGGUGGUGGCCGAGUACCUGUUCGAGGAGGAGAACCUCUUCAAGGAGCAGACGAACCCGUUUGAGCAAGGGCUGCGGAUUAUGGAGGAGGGCGGCAACCUGUCGCUCGCGGCGCUGGCGUUCGAGGCCGCGGUGCAGAAGGACCCGGACCACGUCGAGGCGUGGGUGCACCUCGGGUCGGCGCAGGCGCAGAACGAGAAGGAGGAGGCGGCCAUCCGGGCGCUCGAGCAGGCGGUCAAGCUCGACCCCAACAACCUCGCGGCGCUCAUGGGCUUGGCCGUGUCGUACACCAACGAGGGCUACGACAGCACAGCCUACCGCACCCUCGAGCGCUGGCUCUCGGUCAAGUACCCGCAGAUCAUCUCGCCGGCAGACCUCUCGUCGCCGGCCGAGGUCGGCUUCACGGACCGGGCGCAGCUGCACGAGCGCGUCACCAACCUGUUCAUCCAGGCGGCACAGCUGUCCCCCGGGGGUGAGCACAUGGACCCGGACGUGCAGGUCGGGCUCGGGGUGCUCUUCUACGGGGCGGAGGAGUACGACAAGGCGGUGGACUGCUUCUCGGCGGCGCUGCACUCGUCGGAGCUGGGCACGUCCAACCAGAGCAGCCAGGCGCACCUGCUGGGCAACCGGCUCGGGGCGACGCUGGCCAACAGCGGGCGCUCCGAGGAGGCGAUCGCGGCGUACGAGAGGGCGCUGGAAAUCCACCCCAACUUUGUGCGCGCGCGGUACAACCUCGGCGUCAGCUGCAUCAACAUCGGCUGCCACGCCGAGGCGGCGGGUCACCUGCUGGCCGCGCUGGACAUGCAUAAGAGCGUCGAGAAGAGCGGCCGCGAGAAGGCGAGGGAGAUCCUCGGUGGAGGGGGUGCCGGGGUCAGCGACGAGAGGAUCGAGGCCAUGACGACGCAGAAUAGGAGCACUACGCUGUACGACACGCUGAGGAGGGUGUUCACACAGAUGGGGAGGAGGGAUCUGGCGGAGAAGGUCGUCGUCGGGGUCGACCCGGAGAUCUUCAGGGGAGAGUUUGACUUUUGACGGGGCAGAUAAGGGGGCACUCCUGGGACGAGCUGGGAAGAUUGGGCGGGUUACGUUAACGGUACAGGGCUGCUCUGGCAUUGGAAGGGGGCCAUUGGGAAAUGGGGGCGGCUCACAAAACCCGACCUUCUGACUUGCGUCGAAAUCGAUGCUAUAACGACACGAGAGAACAGGGCCAUCGUCAUCCUGGUAAGGGCCUGGAUGAAUGGCUAGAUCACGCAUUACAUAUUAGGUAUUUGCUACAAUGUAACUAGUAGUCGGACCUAUACCACGUUGACGCUGGAUUAGAAGAGGCUCAAUAGAUGGUGUUGCAUCUUAGGUUUCUUGGUCUAAUCAUGUACAACAGCACAGGCUGCAACAGAGCUGCCCGCAGCAACCACCAACGCAAAACUUCAUACCCUGA